AAUCCAAACCCUCGUUUAAGCACUGCCUUUUCUCUGUCCUCGAUCUUGUUAAGUCGUAUGGAAGACAUCGAGGAUCUCCUCCGUGGGAGUGGCGGAGCUCCGCCGGGUUUCAGGCUGUCAGUGGCGGCGUCCGUCGGGGUCAAUCCCAAGAAGAAAAACCGCCAGCAGCCUAACGUCGGCAACAGGCAGUCUGCAAUUCAAGGCUCGUUCGCUGCCCCUCAGUCGCCCAAGAUCCCUGGCACUCAGACGAUUUAUAUGAAGACUUUUGGAUGUUCGCAUAAUCAAAGUGACAGUGAAUAUAUGGCUGGUCAGCUCUCAGCAUUUGGUUACGCAGUGAGUGACAAUCCUGAUGAAGCAGACAUUUGGCUAAUAAAUACAUGCACUGUAAAGUCUCCAAGCCAGUCUGCAAUGGAGACCCUAAUAUCGAAGUGCAAGAGUGCAAAAAAACCUUUGGUGGUGGCAGGAUGUGUGCCUCAGGGAAGUCGUGAUUUGAAAGAGCUAGAAGGGGUUAGCAUAGUUGGAGUUCAGCAAAUUGAUCGUGUGGUGGAAGUCGUAGAAGAGACUUUGAAAGGACAUGAGGUGCGGCUAUUGAACCGCAAGACAUUACCAGCACUUGAUCUCCCGAAGGUGAGGAAGAACAGGUUUGUGGAGAUUCUUCCUAUUAAUGUUGGUUGCUUAGGUGCUUGCACUUAUUGCAAGACAAAGCAUGCCCGUGGUCAUUUAGGGAGCUAUACAGUUGACAGCCUUGUAGAGCGUGUUAAAACUGUUAUAGCAGAUGGAGUAAAGGAGAUUUGGUUGAGCAGUGAAGACACUGGGGCAUACGGACGUGACAUUGGUGUUAACCUUCCAAUUCUAUUGAAGGCUAUUGUCACAGAGCUCCCCUCAGAUGGAAGCACAAUGCUUCGCGUUGGCAUGACCAAUCCUCCUUAUAUUCUUGAGCACUUAAAAGACAUAGCAGAUGUUUUGCGUCAUCCAUGUGUGUACUCUUUUCUCCAUGUGCCCGUCCAAUCUGGGAGUGAUGAAGUCUUGAGUGCAAUGAAUCGAGAGUAUACUGUAAGCCAGUUCAAGACUGUAGUAGAUACAUUGACUGAACUUGUGCCAGGGAUGCAGAUUGCAACUGAUAUAAUUUGUGGAUUCCCUGGUGAAACUGAUGAAGAUUUUGCCCAAACUGUGAGUCUCAUUGAGCAGUACAAGUUCCCUCAAGUUCAUAUAUCGCAGUUCUAUCCUCGGCCUGGAACUCCAGCUGCGAGGAUGAAAAAGGUCCUAAGUACUGUAGUGAAGAAACGUAGCCGUGAAUUGACUUCCAUUUUCGAGUCAUUUAUGCCAUAUAAUGGCAUGGAGGGCAAAGUAGAGAGAAUAUUGAUCACUGAAAUUGCAACUGAUGGUAUCCACUUGGUGGGUCACACUAAAGGAUAUGUGCAAGUGCUGGUAGUUGGUCCAGAAACCAUUCUGGGGACUUCUGCUAUGGUUAAGAUAACCUCAGUUGGAAGGUGGUCGGUUUUUGGUGAAGUGAUCAAGAGUCUCGAUGAAAGAAAUCAUAAUAUAGCUACAUGUGAUAAAAGGCCAAGUGGCAACAAAUGUUUGUCAUCCAAGCUAGAUGAAGCAUGCGCAUGUUCAAGAGAGCCGCAACCUUGUGCUUGUGAUGAAACUUGCGGGGGAGAGACAAUGUCACAGGUAAAUGUAGCUUCCCCCUCCAAUAAUGGUACUUGCUCAGAAGAACGGAACGACCCAAACCUCUUUAGAUGGUUGUUGAGGAAGCGGAAGAACCAUUUGCAGAAGAGGACGGAAGAUGUGAGUGUCCUGGAAUCUAAAGAAGAAGGAUAUAGUAGAGGAAGAAUACGCAGUUGGGCAUUUAUUGACAAGGCUCUUGUGAGUGGAAUGUUCCUGAGCUUGUUGACAAUCGUAGUUGCAGUCUCGUUUCUGGUAUCUGGGAGUACGAUGGCUAAAUAAACGGAUCUGAUUUGAAUUCUAGUUUGCACAGGUGGAAGGAUUGCCCGGCUGACUCUCCAAUAUGUGAGAUUUUGCAGGAUAUGGCAGAAGUGUGUCAAGGCUAGUUCCUAUUAGAGCUUGAUGUUUAUUGAUAUUGUUAUCUUUGAGUAACAUCAAUGUACAUUGCCAAAGGUUGAAGGCGCCAGUAAUUAUUGGAAGUGCUAGCAGGUCGAUUUUAACGAAAUCUGGGGAAUGCUGUCAUUCUCAAAUAUUUGUUAAGCCAAUGACAAACUCUAUCCUCUAUUCUCUUGUAAUUUGUAACUAGCCCAGCACAAAUGCCAUGUAGAAUGUGCUUGUAAACUGUUUUUGGAUGUCGUUUUCAGAAAAGAACUCCCAGUUUGCGAUUGAGGGAAGUUCCUGGAGUUCUUGAAACCAAUUUAGUAAGAAAAUGAAAUACACUAGAAAAUGAUUAUCUUUAUUA